AGAUACCUUUCCCAAUUAGCCAAAAUUCUUCAUCUUUAAACCCUCUUCAUACCUGCUUUUCCUUCUAAUAAUUAAAAACAUAUGAAUGAUUAUUAAUCUUUCCUUAAUUAAUCUUAAUUAAUGGUAUAUGAUUAGAAGAAACCCUUUUCUAGUCCCUUCAAAAACCUUCUUAUAAUCCUAUAACUUUUUCUCUGUUUCAUUCAUAUAAAUCAUGAAUGAUCAAAAACAGAACAAUAGAUCAUUUUUACUAGUAAAACUCAUUUAUGCUCAUCUAAAUCACCUCAAAUCAUGUUGUUUUUCAAUCGUAUUACUCGUUUUUACCAUAACUUUAAUACUCACCCUAGCAUACUACUCACAUAGAUUCCCCCUCCAUAACAUAAACAUUAUUACUAUACAAACACCACAAAAACUCCAUGCUCUUAACACCCCUUUAUCACCAAGUGCAUCAAAAAACAACUCGUACGAGGACAACCACGCAAUCGAAUCAUACCCUAUUCACAAGUCUUCGAGCGAUGAAGAGUUGAUGAGGAGGGCAUCAAACGUUACAAGAAUGGAAAAUUUUGGGGUGCCUAAGAUUGCUUUUAUGUUUUUGAUCAAAGGAUCACUUCCUUUGGCACCUCUUUGGGAAAAAUUGUUUAAAGGACAUGAAAGAUUAUACACAAUUUAUGUUCAUUCUGAUCCUUCUUACAAAUCUUCAGCUGAAUUGAAUUCUGGGGUGUUUCGUGGCCGCAUGAUUCCUAGCAAGAAAGUAGAAUGGGGAAAGUUCAACAUGAUUGAGGCAGAAUUGCGCUUACUAGCAAACGCUCUACAAGACGUUUCAAACCAAAGAUUUGUUCUUCUCUCGGAAACUUGCAUCCCUCUCUUCAACUUUUCAACUAUCUAUUCUUACCUUAUAAAUUCCACACAAAGUUACGUCCAAGCCUAUGACAAAAGUGGUCCAGCAGCAAGGGGCCGGUACAAGCACCGUCUUGGUCCAAACAUCACGGUCCAAGACUGGCGAAAAGGGUCUCAGUGGUUUGAGAUGGACCGCGAGUUAGCCAUCAAGGUCAUGUCUGAUCAACGUUACUUCUUGUCAUUCAAGGGAGCAUGCCUUAAGUCUGCAUGCUAUGCCGAUGAGCAUUACUUGCCUACUUGGAUGAACAUGAAUGCUGGACAAAGAAACUCGAAUCGAAGCAUAACUUGGGUUAAUUGGUCCAAGGGUGGAUGUCACCCUACUAAGUAUGACAGAAUUCAUAUUACAGGUGAGUUUUUGAAGAAGUUAAGGAAUUGGAAGACUUGUCAAUAUAAUGGGAAGAAAACCAACAUUUGCUUCUUGUUCGCAAGAAAAUUCAUGCCUAAAACGUUAAAUAGGCUACUAAUGUUGGCACCCCUAAUUAUGGGCUUUUAGACAUGUAUUAUUGCUAGAUCUCUUGCUCACAAAAAAAUUGAAAAAAAAAAAUCUCUUACUGGUUGACAAUAUGUUAUUUUUUUCAAAGUAGAUAUAUACUACAUCUUGUUAGAAGAUAAAUAUGAAUGCCUAUAAUUAUUUGAUUUGAUUUCACAAUGUUCACACAAGUCCAAAGACUUGUGAACUUGUGUGGCAUUAUAUGUAAAACUCUUGGCUAUAUAAGCCAUGUUACCGGAGCAAUAUACAUAAUCAAUUUCUCCA